AUGAUCAACAGAAAGAUCCCUCUAGCCUCAUAUCUAUUUACCCGCCUCAAACAAGCAGGCACUCGUCGUAUCUACGGAGUACCUGGCGAUUUUACACUCAGAGCUCUGGAUCAUGUUCCCCGCUGUGGACUCCAAUUCGUCGGAUGCUGCAAUGAGCUGAAUGCAGGAUAUGCCGCAGAUGGCUACGCCCGAGCCCAGCGUCAUCGUCUGCAGUCUGGUCUUGGAGCAUUAAUCACGACGUAUGGUGUAGGAGAGCUGAGUGCAGCCAAUGCUGUUGCUGGAAGUUACGCAGAGCAUUUACCAGUUGUUCACAUCGUCGGAACACCAUCUCAGAAAUCACGACAGGUUUCGACUACUGGUAUCGGUGGAAGGAGGCCACAUUUACAUAUUCAUCACACACUGGCUGAUUCACGAAUUGGAGUGUUUCGGGAGAUUGCGGAGAAGUUUACUGUUGCACAGCUUGAUCUUGCGGGGGUCGAUGCCGAAGAUGUACCUACCAAAGUCGAUGAUGUACUCGCGAAGGCGCUGUAUCACAGUCGUCCGGUAUACGUGGAACUACCGUCGGAUGCGGUAGAAACUGUGGUAUCUUCAACUCCUCUUGAAAGACCUAUCGACGAGAGACGAGCCACAAAUGAUGAAUCUAGCCACUUGAAGACGCGAGAAAUGACCGAUGAUCUCUUGCAAAGGAUUUGUGCUGCCAAGCGGCCGUUGAUCCUCGUCGAUCGAGGUGAUAGUAUAGAAACGCUCAGACCCGACAUCAACGAAUUUGUGCAAAAGUCGGGCAUUCCAACACUGUCACUACCAUCAGGAGCCAGCAUGGUUGAUAACUCUUUGCCCAACUACUUUGGCGUGUAUUCCGGAUCGAUCGGUAUCGUUGACUUGACGUCUGCUGUGAAGUCAGCAGAUCUGGUGUUGGCUUUUGGUUGUCAGUUCUCAGAUACUCAGACUCUUGGCUGGGGUGUCGUACCUGAACGAGACAAUAUGAUCGUGAUAGGGAGAAACCAUAUUGAGGAUCAUCAAACGGAUACAGGAGGGGUGUUGAGGAUGAUGACCACAAAUAUUGAGAAGCGUAGUCUCGCAGAGCAAGAUACAUCCUCGUGGGGGAACUUCCGCCACUUGCCUUCGCAGACACUUGAGCCGGCGUCUCAUAUAAACCAGGACGAAUUCUACAUACAUCUCAACAAGCAUCUUAAGGACAACGACACAAUCUUGCUGGGAAACGCGACACCAAUCAUAGGUGGUCGAGAUUUUGUCCUUCCACCUUCUUCUCAGCUCAUUGCAUCCGGAAUGUGGUUCUCGAUCGGGCACAUGCUCCCGGCGGCCAUGGGAAUUUCUCAAGCAAAGGCUGAUCAGGGUUCAUCUGGCCGUACGAUUCUUCUUGACGGUGACGGAAGCUUCCAAAUGACGGCGCAAGAGUUGAGCACCAUUAUACACAAGCGCGUCAACAUGGUCGUCUUCAUUAUCAACAACAGCGGAUAUACGUAUGAGAGAUAUAUCCACGGCAUGGAUGAGGAGUACAAUGACGUUGCGCCAUGGAACUACAGCCUUGGGCCAGAGCUCUUUGGUUCGGCCCCAGAUGGAUAUCCGAUCCAGUCUUGCCGUGUAAAAACCUGGAAAGAGCUGGACAAUGUUCUCAACUCUGAAGGAUUCUCGACCGGUAAAGGGUUGACGUUGGUUGAUAUUGCUAUAGACAAGUAUGACAUAUCGGAAAGGGCAAAAUCCUUGUUUGAGUUAGUCAAUAAGCAACUCUAA